CAGCCUGAAGGAUCCCUGGACACGCUUAAACAGGGGCACGAUUGACGCAGUCGCCUGCAGGCCGAGCCGCCCAAGAAAAAAAAAGUGGCCUCAAGCCUUACCUAACACCCUUGCAACGUGUCCAACGACACAUCAUCCACCUUAAUCCAGUCUGUGCGAGCUGGCAGUCCAAGGAAUUUAGAAAGACGUGAGCAGCCGCUGCAGGUAGCCAAAUAUGUCCGACUCCCCCCAAUCCAAUUCAAAGGAUGUCGAACAAGGUGCACCGUCACCCGGCGAGGAACCACAAAUGAACGACCCUCAGGACCCACACUCGAGCGGGCUCAACCAGUAUGAGUUCGAAGUCAAGGAACAGGACCGGUGGUUGCCCAUAGCCAAUGUCGCUCGUAUUAUGAAGAAUGCGCUUCCCGAAAAUGCAAAGAUAGCCAAAGAGGCAAAGGAGUGCAUGCAAGAGUGCGUGAGCGAGUUCAUCUCUUUCAUCACCAGUGAAGCCUCGGAAAAAUGCCAGCAAGAAAAGCGCAAGACGGUCAACGGCGAGGACAUCUUGUUCGCUAUGACGUCCCUGGGAUUCGAGAACUAUGCGGAGGCUCUUAAGAUUUACCUUUCCAAGUACAGAGAACAGAAUCAGACAAAUCGUAGCGAGAACCAGCAGAAUCGGCCCAGCAGCCAGGGUUACGGUGCGCCUCAGGGCCAGAACCAACCUGGACAGGGCGGUUUUUCCAGCAACGACCUUGGCGGCCAGCAAGAAAGUGGCGAUGCUUCAGGCUACAACCUCUAUGGCGCCCAGACAGGUCAUAACGGUGGCGGUGCUGAAGGGUACUAGGGGCCCGCAGAACAUGGCGUUAUUGGCAAGAAGCAAUCCCCGGAA